AUGUCUUCCCCUUCAGGCUCUUCAGCAGCAGGCAAGCGCAAACGCACAUCCGCCCCGACCUCCACAAUGCCCUCCGCCGCCGACACCGUUGACGCCGCUCUCCAGGCCUCGUCGCGCGACGCCUCGGGUGAGGAGGGCGACAGCACCGCUCCCGAGUCCGGCCGUAUCUCUGGCCACCGCAAGGCCGAUUCUACCGCAUCUGCAGCCGGCGGCCACCCGUCUAAGAGGCAACGCGCCAACUCGGAGCGCUCCUCUCAUCCCGAAAAUGCUGCUGCCAAUGCGACGGCGGCGCAAGAUCACUCCCUCGACCCCGGCGAGCCCAGCGACACCACCGAAGCCAGUGUUGAUAUUGCGGAACGCGUCGGACGGAAGAACAACCGCAAGCAGGUCUCCAUUAAGGAGGGCGGAGCUUCAGAAGAUGCUAUGCCACCCCCGCCCAUCGGGAAGCUCACUCAUCCCGUCGGCUACAGGACCAACGACCCUCCCGUGGGCAGGCCUGUUAGAGUAUACGCCGACGGUGUCUUUGAUCUGUUCCAUCUCGGUCACAUGCGCCAGCUCGAGCAGGCCAAGAAGGCUUUCCCGGACGUUUACCUGAUCGUUGGUGUUGCCGGCGACGUCGACACUCACAAGCGCAAGGGCUUGACCGUGCUUUCCGGCCGCGAGCGUGCCGAAACCGUUCGUCACUGCAAGUGGGUGGACGAGGUCAUUGAGAACUGCCCGUGGAUCGUUACUCCCGAGUUCCUUGAGCAACACAAGAUUGACUACGUUGCUCACGACGACAUCCCCUACGGCGCCGACGAGGGCGACGACAUUUACAGACCCAUCAAGGAGGCCGGCAAGUUCUUGGUCACGCAGCGCACUGAGGGUGUGAGCACGACAGGCAUCAUCACCAAGAUCGUCCGCGACUACGAGAAGUACAUUGCCCGUCAAUUCAAGCGCGGCACGUCCCGCCAGGAGCUCAACGUUAGCUGGCUCAAGAAGAACGAGCUCGACCUCAAGCGUCACGUCCAGGAGCUGCGCGAUAACAUCCGUACCAACUGGUCUACCACUGGCCAGGAGCUCUCUCGCGAGCUGCGCCAGUACUGGCCUGCCUCCCGCCCGCAGUCUCCCGCUCCCUCUGCCCGCACGUCCUACAUCCAGAACGGCGACCUCCCGUUGUCUGCCGCGGCGAGCAGAUCCAAGCUCAGCGUCGAGAUUCCCCCAACGACACCCGGCGGCACUCCCGCCCCUACGUCCAACGACUUCAUCACGGGUUACGCCCUGGGUCUCGUCGGUGGUGUCCGUUCUUGGAUGACCAAGUCCAGGAGAGAGCAGGACAGCCCCUCGCACCGCAACAGCGACGACGAUUCCGAGAGCGACGGCAAGAGCCCCCGUGGCCGCGUCGUUCCCCAGCAGUCUUCCGCCGCCACCGCGAGCGCUUCAUAA